CCACCCGCCCCGGCAACACAUCAAAUAUCAGCCACCCGCCCCGGCAACACAUCAAAUAUCAGCCACCCGCCCCGGCAACACAUCAAAUAUCAGCCACCCGCCCCGGCAACACAUCAAAUAUCAGCCACCAGCCCCGGCAACACAUUAAAUAUCAGCCUCCAGCUCUGGCAACACAUCAAAUAUCAGCCACCUGUCCCGGCAACACAUUAAAUAUCAGCCACCAGCCCCGGCAACACAUUAAAUAUCAGCCUCCAGCUCUGGCAACAUCACAUAUCAGCCACCCGCCCCGGCAACACAUCAAAUAUCAGCCACCCGUCCCGGCAACACAUAAAAAAUCAGCCACCCGCCCCGGCAUCACGUCAAAUAUCAGCCACCCGCCCGGCAACACAUCAAAUAUCAGCCACCCGCCCCGGCAACACAUCAAAUAUCAGCCACCCGCCCCGGCAACACAUCAAAUAUCAGCCACCAGCCCCGGCAACACAUCAAAUAUCAGCCACCCGCCCCGGCAACACAUCAAAUAUCAGCCACCCGCCCCGGCAACACAUCAUAUAUCAGCCUCCAGCUCUGGCAACAUCACAUAUCAGCCACCCGCCCCGGCAACACAUCAAAUAUCAGCCACCCGCCCCGGCAACACAUCAAAUCUCAUCAGCCACCCGCCCCGGCAUCACGUCAAAUAUCAGCCACCCGCCCCGGCAUCACGUCAAAUAUCAGCCACCCGCCCCGGCAACACAUCAAAUAUCAGCCACCCGCCCCGGCAUCACGUCAAAUAUCAGCCACCCGCCCCCGGCAACACAUCAAAUAACAGCCACCCGCCCCGGCAUCACGUCAAAUAUCAGCCACCCGCCCCGGCAACACAUCAAUCUUCAGCCACCCGCCCCGGCAUCACGUCAAAUAUCAGCCACCCGCCCCCGGCAACACAUCAAAUAACAGCCACUCGCCCCGGCAACACAUCAAUCUCAGCCACCCGCCCCCGGCAACAUCAAGAACGUGUCCACAAGCGAAACCUGUACAUCUCUAUUCGAUCAUUGGGGUUUAGUCUGAAUUAA